AGUAAAGCCGACUUUUAUGUAGCUGUUUUUCUUAGCUCAAUAAUUUAAGCCCGUCAACACUAUUGGAAUAAUAAAUACUGCAUGACAACAGCGUUAGCUAAUUUUGAUGGUUGCUGCGAUAGUGCGAUAGUUUGGCACACUAAAUUAUCGAACGGCCUUUAUUUUUCACCCUUUGUUUUGUAUAUAUUUUGAAUGAUAUUUGCAAAUAUUAACAAGACGUGCCUGUCAUUGUAAAUAAAUAAAUUUCCUUAAAAAAUUUUACCCGUAUUGUACACUUAAGAAAUGUUGUGGAAAAACUGUAUUUGCCAUGUAACUCACUUCAUCGAUAAAAUACAAUAAAUUGAACAAAAACGUGGUUUCCGUCUUAUACUACUAUAGUCAUUUCGACAGACGAAUUUACAGUAGCUAAAUAAUAAAAUUUUGCGGUUACCCUCGCAAAUACAUUACCAUGCAUUUUGUGUACGAAUACACUGUCGGUGAGCGAGCACAAAAAUUUCUGUGGAACCUGUCAAGGAUCAUUGAACUGCUAAUUUUGUGUGGCAUCUACAGAAAACCAUGCAUAAGGGAAAAGUUAUUGGUACAAAAACAUCUAAUAAAACAAACAUUAAAGAUCAUAAUAUAAUUGUGACUUCAAAUACAAAUAGUAAUAAAGCAGGUAAAUUAAUCAGCAAGAAAGAUGACUGUGAAUAUGAUUUGGUUCCUCCUGAUGGUGGGUGGGGUUGGCUAGUAUUGUUAGGAUCGUGCUUGACCAAUAUCCUCAUUCCUGGGACAAUCAAAAGUUUUGGAGUUCUUUUUGUUGAAUUCACUGCGGCUUUCAAAUCCUCUCCAACAAAAGCAGCUUGGAUACCAGCACUUUGUUACUUUCUCUACAGUUCUUUAGGUCCUGUAUCAAGUAUUCUUUCCGUGAAAUAUUCGUAUCGAACCGUCACACUUCUGGGUGGAGCCUCCGCAUCAUUAGGAAUGAUACUAUCCUUCUGGGCUUCUUCAAUAGGAUACUUGUACAUUAGCUAUGGCGUUUUGGUCGGAAUUGGCGCGGGUCUUUCUUUUCCACCCACAGUAUACAUCGUAACGUCGUAUUUUACGAAACUACGAGGACUAGCCAACGGGCUUUGUAUUUCAGGUAGUGCUCUAGGGAGCAUUUUUCUUCCACCUCUUUUGCGGUGGCUGCUGGAGACUUACGGAUACCAUGGCUCUUGUUUAAUUAUGGGUGGAAUUACAUUAAACGUUUUUGUGGCUGCCCUUUUUUACGAGCCGGUUGAACAGCACAUGAUUCGAGUUCCAAGGGCAAGCCAGGCAUUGGAAGAUAUACCUGAAGAAGAAGAUAUGGGAAUUGUAAUGAAGUUUGAAAAUGUUGAAGAUAGUACGCCUUCUAAUGAGACAAAUGACAAGCAUUUGUUGCACUGCAAUUCACCUCCUUCACCAAUGUAUUUGCACAAUAAUGAAAAUCAGCAUUUCGUCCGAAGCGCAUCAGCGGCUGUUGUUCAAAACUAUACAAAACAUGGGGAUGAUUUCCAACAGCGAACUCGUAAAAUAAGUACACCAGUAAGAUUGCCCCAAAGAAAUCAAACAUUUACGCCUGGUCAAUUGAACUCUCAGUCUUCCCUAUAUGCCGUUCCUGAAGGUCGUUCCAGUUCAGGCAAACUUACUUUACGAAAUACGUCAAAGUCAAGAUUAUCCAAGCGUUCCCCAUCCACUAGCAGCUUUUUAUAUGUCAGCACACCAUAUCACGGCAGCACUUUGUCAUUUCAGCCAAAGGAAUUCUCAUCACAUUUAUCCCUUCGGUCUUUGGGCAGUAGUGGGGCAGGACCCAGCAACGAUCUUGUCGCCGCUGAUGGACUCCAAGACAAUGACGAAACACGAGGAAAAGUGCAAGCGAGCGAACGCUCUAAAUUUUUCGACCUUAGCCUGUUGACGGAUCCAAUGUAUUUGGUUAUACUAAUAUCCAAUUCAACAAAUGCCAUUAGCUAUACAAAUUUUAUCAUAUUACUUCCCAGUUUUGGCGAAGCCAGAGGAUUUGAUAAAACACUAGCUGCCUAUCUAUUAUCUGUUGUGUCAGCAACAGACCUCAUUGGUCGUAUAGGAGGUUCAGCCCUUUCAGAUAUGGGAUAUAUACCAAAGACUUGGUAUUUCGUUGGCGGUUUAUCAAUAUCAGGUCUUUCCCUUGCUCUUUUACCAUUUGCGUGGUCAUACAGUUCAGUCUGUUUUUGGUGUGCGUUGUUUGGGCUCGCGUCUGGAAUAUAUGUUGGAAUAACAGCUGUUAUCAUGGCAGACAUGCUUGGAACUGAACGGUUGACAUCGUCUUACGGUAUCAGUUUGUUUGUUAAUGGCAUACUUCAGUUAGUUGGCCCACCGCUUUGUAAUUUCUGGUUCGAGGCGGUCAAUGACUACAAUCCACUUUUCCACGCUUUGGGAUUAACGCUUUUAGGCGGCGCCAGCCUUUGGUGUUUCAUGCCAUGGAUUAAUCGACGAAAAGGUAAAGAAGAAAAACGAAAUGCCGAAAUGGACGAAGAGGCUGCCGAUAGCUACUAAUAAGAAAAUAAUGCUAAAAUCUCUAGUAUGAGAUAGAGUACAAUUAUUAUAAGAUUAUAGACUUCGUAUGGCGUACAAAUUGUAAUUGAGUCAUGUGUGAGUGCAGUAUAAAUGGCCUUUACUGUGAGAGGAAAUAAGUCAUGUUAUAUAAAAUGUUUAUUUUUUCAGCCAAAGGUCUUUUUGUUAUUUUCUAAUUGUAAAAUUGUCUAAUUAAUAAAUUUAUUCUUAAUCUAAUAUCAAUA